AUGAAGGAUGGUCUCCGUCGGUUCAUUCGUGAGUGUGACAUUUGUCAACGUCACAAGGUUAAGUUGCGUAAACCGAGUAGGAGCGAGAAUUUCAACAAGGAGAUUGGGUUUAUGUCAAACUUUAGCCAUACAAACAAUCAACCAUUACUACUUGGGGUUUUGCGGAAGCUUGUCGCUCGAUUCUACGACCCCUUCAAAGUGCUAGAUAUGGGGAAGUAG